CCUGAAUGGACCGAAAUGGAGAGAGAGGAGUAUUCGACAAACAGUGCCACGGGCCCGAUUUUCGUAGCUCCAGUUGGAAAUCAGACCGCCGCGAUUGGCCGCGAGGUCGUCUUCUCUUGCAGCGUACGCAACAUAAGCAUUCGCAAAUACAAGGUUGGCUGGCUGCGCACCUCAGACCAGACUAUUCUCUCGAUUCACACUAGGAUCGUGACGCAUAAUGCACGUAUCACGGUCACCUAUGAAAGUGGGGCAAGCUCUGGGUCCGCCGGUGCAUCCGGUGGUGCUUCAGGAGUAACCGGAAGUAGCCAAGUUACGGAGGAAAUCGUCGACGGUACGUGGCGUCUGCACAUUCGCCAACUGAAGGAAACCGACAGAGAUUGUUACAUGUGCCAGAUCAACACUAGUCCGAUGAUAUCCGAGCUCGGUUGUCUCGACAUACAUGUGCCGCCCGAUAUCGUUUAUGGAGGUGACACUAGCGCCGAUUUGGCAGUGGCAGAGGGUGACAACGCGACUUUGAGCUGUCGCGCGACAGGACAUCCACCUCCGAGAGUGUCCUGGCGGAGGGAGGAUGGAGAAUCCAUUGUCAUAAGGGCUUCCACGGCAGGUGGUAGCACUUUCGAGAAGCACGAUCAUUACAACGGUUCAUUGCUGCAUUUCUAUCGUGUCGAGAGGCGGCAAAUGGGGGCGUAUCUCUGCAUCGCUAGCAACGACGUGCCGCCAGCGGUUAGCAAACGGGUGACGCUCGCUGUGAAUUUCGCACCCGUCGUAAAAGCGCCUAACCAGUUAUUGGGCGCUCCUUUGGGUACAGACGUGCAGCUCGAAUGCUACGUCGAAGCGUUUCCGAAUACGAUCAAUUAUUGGGUAAAGAAUCAACGAGGCACGGAAGACGAAAUGUUAUUGGAAGGACCGAAAUACAACGUGCGGGAGGAACGAACGGGAUACACGGUCCUGAUGUGGCUCUUAAUCAAAAAAUUUACGGAUAGAGAUGUCGGUAGUUACAAAUGCGUUUCAACAAAUAGCCUAGGAAAAGCAGACGGCACUUUGAGAUUGUAUGAAAUUAAAAUUGGCUUCGAAAGAGGAUCUCGAGUGAAGGAUCACGUAUCCAUUAUCGGUGGUUUAGCUGAGGCUGCUCAAAGUUCCGGUGCCAGCAGCGGCGUCGGCGGUUUCUACGGAAACAGCUUGUCGCACAUCCUAUCGAUGUUUUUCUUCAUACCGAUACUGUGGCCACGGUGAAGAAGGCAUCCACUACUGGUCACUGCUAAGCUACUUAGUGCCGGAUGACUUUGUGCCAAAGAAAGACAAGAAUGUAGGGAAUGCGCGCAUGCGAAAGAUAAUGAUAUGAUAGAUAUGAUAGAAGAUAUAUGGAAGUAAAAAAGUAUGCUCAAAAGAGAAAGAAAAGAAAGAAGGAAGGAAAAUGGGAGAAAGAGGACAAAGAGGGGAGAGAGAGAGAGAGAGAGAGAGAGAGAGUAAGAGAGUGAAAAUAAGAUAAUAAAUCGGAGUCUUCGGUACUCCAAAUUUUUCCUACUUUCCUUUCCUACUCUCGAGUGUCGAAGACAUUUUUAGAUCAAUGAAUGUUGUCAAUGUACGCAUCGCUUUAGAUUUGCGCUUCGCGAAUCGGCCAAGUAAAGCUCGAUUUGCGCUGUUCGUCUCAUUAAUCCGUCGGAAAACGGUACUAAACAUGAGCGCCGCGAAGGGGAUACAAGAAGAUACAUUUGUUAUUGCACUUUCUUAUCUCAUUAAAAAUAAGAGGGGAAUAGAAAAUCCACAGAAAAAAAAAUAAUAUGAAAAAUAAUGUUUUCAAUUAAACAGGAACUAAAUGCAUAAACAUUAAUUAACAUUUGUAAUAAAACUUUGAAAAAUCAAUUUUAAAAAACUCAAUAUUGGAACAAAAACUUAAAUCGUUUUAGCUGUUUAAAAAUGUUUCGAAUUUGAAUUCUUCUGAGCGCACUCUCCUGCAAGCAAUUCUCUCGGCGCCCAUGACUGAACCAAAAUUAUUUACUAUUUAAUAUUACAAUUGUAAUUCGUUUUAACAUACUUUACAUUCGAGAAAAUAUAUAUAUAUACAUAUUCGACGAAAAUGUUUACAUGACGAUCAAUGAGGAUAGCGUAAACUGUAGCCCGAAUAUAUCGUCGAUACGCAAAUUGAUGAAUUUGAAAGGAAGGGGAGUUUGCCAUCGCGGGAAAAUGCUUUAUGAAUCGAUAAUAAUCAACGGUCGUUUUGUCAAUGAUUUAUCGUGCUGCUGACUGACUUUGAACGUCGGAAAACUUUGAUGUUUCGAAAUAAAACUAAGAAUCGAACAUUGUA